GCGAUAACUCUGGCUACGGCGAAGUAAAUCAACUGGGCGGUGUUUUCGUCAAUGGACGCCCACUACCAAAUGCAAUUCGAAUGCGCAUCGUCGAACUGGCACAGCUCGGCGUUCGACCGUGCGACAUCAGUCGACAGUUGCGAGUCUCACAUGGCUGCGUUUCGAAGAUUCUCGCCCGGUUCCACGAAACGGGGUCUAUUCUGCCGGGUGCAAUCGGUGGCAGCAAGCCAAGGGUGACCACACCAAAGGUGGUGACGUACAUUAAAGAGCUGAAGCAGAAAGACCCGGGCAUAUUUGCUUGGGAAAUUCGCGACCGCUUACUGACAGAUAAUGUCUGCGACAAGUACAAUGUACCGUCGGUCAGUAGUAUCAGUCGCAUUCUCCGCAACAAGAUCGGCAGCAGUGGUUCGAGUGGCUCUGUGAGCAGCCUCAGCCCGCUGAGCCCUGUAGUGUCGGCGGUGACGACGAGUCACUCCAGCUCGAACAGUUACCACCACCACCACCAUCACCACCACAAUGGCGGCGGCAGCUUCUCCAGCGCCUACUCACUGGACGGCAAGGAGAGCGUGCGCACGGCACUGACCGCCGUCUACAACCCCAUCUACGGUGCCUAUCCCACUUCGAACAUUUCCACCCCGGUGGUGCCCAGUGCCAUCAGCGGCAGCCACUUCCACGGCAUCUAUCUCAGCAAUGGCAGCUCCGCUGGGCCGACCGACGACCUGAUGAGCCCUGCCACUGCCGCCGCCCUCAAGGCAGCCGGCGCUCCCUCCUGGCCCUCCUCGCACUCGGUCACCGAUCUGCUGUCGGUGGGCAGCGUCGCCACCAGCGCCGUCUCAGCGUCGGUCGUCUCGCAGCCCAGUCCGGUGGAGACGCCGGCCAGCAGUGCUGUUGCUGGCGGCGGCGGCGGCAACGGCGGCCCUGGCCAGUUCACCCCCAUAGGCAGUGACCCGAAUGGCAUGCUGACCGCGGUGGCUGCCGCCCAGACGAACCACUACAUGCAGAACUACUACAUGCAGCUGAUGCACUCGCACUCUCACUCGCACAAUGCAUCACCUAUUGCCUCCAUCGUUCCCUCCAUGACUGGCUUCCAGUGA